AUGGAUCUCUUCUUUGUACACCCUGCCCACUUCGAUUAUCCCAUCGCCCAAGACGAUUUCUCGAGCCCCGCGAGCUCAGAGGCCAAUUAUGAGAUGGAGAUCGACCUAACUUCUCAUGAAUGCCCUGCCCCCCCAGAAGGCGCUGCGGCUGAAGACCCAACUGAUGCUCCGAACGACCUGUCCGAUCCUGCGACUUGGGAAAUACCAUGGCCUACCGCAAGGAUCCCCGUUGAGAUCUUCGAGCUCAUUACUUCGUUUCUUUCCCGAGCUGAGAUUAGAUCUCUUCGCAGGGUGAAUAAGGAGUUCGAAAUCAAGGUGUCUGCUAGGUACUUCAAGAACGUUGUCGUCCCAUUUCGACCCGAGUUAUACGGCGAUUUUGAUAGAGAGUCGUCCGAGCCCCGACUGCACCCAUCCUCGGCCCUCUUCUCCACUGGCUCACGUAUAUUCGAGUCCUUUGGCCCUCAUAUCCUACGCUUCGCCCUCUCUCUUGAGUUGGACGAGGAUGACCUUGCAAACCCUCCGAUUAAGCCAGCCCAAGAGGCUGUGACCUCAUUCUGGGGAAUAUAUCGAUGGCCACCUCAGAGUUACACCAGGUACUCUGACCUCCAGGGAAUUGAACAGACGGCAGAUGAAACGCAGAAAAUGAAGGAUGCCCUGAAAUGCUUGACCAAAGUUACCAACAUGGGCCUGUCUUGUGAUCCUGGUCUUGGUUUUCUCACAAGGCCAGAUGCCUGUGUGCGCCGCGCAUCAGCCCGUCGACCUGUCUUUGCUACGAGGAAUUGGCGCCGAGAGUAUCGUCCCGACCAGGUGGAAGAAGAAGAUGACGAUCAAUGUGUCACAAUUGCCAACUUGAAUGGACCUGGACCCCAGAAGUCACAAGGUUCUACGUCUGACCAUUUCUCCCUUCAGCGACAAGUUCUUGAGAAGAUGGUCGUUGAUGCAGGCUAUGAAGGCGCAGCGAUCAAUGAGGCUAUCGGUCUGCUCCUUGAGACAGAAAACACCAGCUUGCCUUCCAUCGAUUUUGAUGAAAGAGCCGCCUUGAAUCUACCUGCUCUUAGCAGCUCUGAUGUCCACGAGCAACAGGUGCUGGCCCUUUUAGCAAUAGACGGAACCACAGAGACGUUCGACCGGCCCGACUCUCGCAGGUUCCCUCUUGUCCCUGCGUUCCUCACCCGGGCUCAGAAGGAGCUUCUUCUCGAGUUGGAGUGGGCUCACCGAGCCAUGAUUCAAUCCUACGUGAUUGCCAUGGUCGACAAUGCAGCCAUCGGUUGCUACUCGCAACUCACCACGUUGUCCAUUGCCAAAAUACCCAGUUGUCAUGUUCAUAUAUUCUAUCGGGAAUCCUUCUGGGAGAGCCUUCCCAAUCUUUCCAAUGUGUCGUUGGGUGUCAUUGCAGACUGGAGAAAAAUUACAAAGCCCACUCCGGGGUGCAUCGAGGACAACGAAGUAUCGCCAGUGACCGCUGUCGGUUUGGUUUUCAAGCUUCUCCACGACUACAUCGGCAAGCAGUCUAGAAUCGAAAGCUUGCAUUUCGAGUGGAUAUGCGGUGGUGAAUUCGCUCCAAGCUCGUACCAACGCAAUCAAUAUAUUCUUCCGGCACCAUUCUUCAACGACCCAAAGGAUAUGGCUUCAGUCAAUUUGGACAUUUUUCAAGAUGAGAAACUCUUGAGUUUGCCUUAUCUUAAACAUCUCUCUCUCAAGAACUGCUGGGCAUCUCCGCACGUUCUGAUCGAGACUGUUCGACAGAUGGGACUUGCGUCUUUGGAAAAGCUAGAGCUGGAGUCGGUCUCCCUUUCGGGCCAGCCUACCAGGAAUCCUCAAUUUCCUUUGGGUUUGCACAACGGCCAAGCUGGUGGACAUUUCAAUCAGAUGAUGAUGAUGCACAACGGCUUUGUCGGCUUCGCCCAACAUGCCCAUAUACUCGCUGGUCCACCAGCUCCAAUUCCACCAGCUCCUGCCUUCAACCCAAAUCAUAUCUUCAACCCACAAAUUGGCAUCGUCGGACAACCUCCCUUCCCCGGACAACCUCUCUUCCACGCACACCCUGUCUUCAACAACGGACAACCUCUCUUCAACAACGGACAGCCUGCCCUCAAUAUGCAUGGAGCAGUCGGACCAGAUCUACCCACGCGUCCUGAGACACUGGUCUUUCCAGAACUGUUGACGUGGGCAGGAUUUAUCGAGCAUUUUACUCCUGGCGACUCCAUUCGCCGUGUUAUCGAAGAUGGCGUUGAUUGGGAAGACAGCCGAUGGCCACAUCUUCUCGAACUGGCCUCAGAUGUUAUUCCUAAAUGCAAUCGUCUUUUCGCGGAGGAAAGGCGAUACAAAAUCAAAUGCCUAUCUUUCAAGUCUUGUGGCUAUGUCUGCGUCGACGCCUCUAGCCUCAAUACUCGUGCUCUCUUGCCUCCUGGAGCUCAUGGCGUCGUCCCUCCAAGCCACAAUCCGAGCACACCUCAGCGUAUCAUGCAGCGUUGCAAAGAUAGGGAGCUUGGCCAAAUAUUGCCCUACAUUGGGCCACAGGAAACCUUCAACCUCACCCACGGUUUCGGUAUGGCCAUGGGUUGGGAUCGUGCCUAUAGCCAAAAAACGAUUCAUGAUGCCACGGCUGAUGGCGUGGACUUUCCUGGCUCUGGGCGCUUUUCCGGAAUGGUUGACACAUCCCCUGUGCCUCGCCCAUGGAAUGAAUUCAUACCACCCGAACGUAACAAUAUAACAGUCAGCCUCCCCCCUGCCAGCACGUUGGAUAACAGCCUCGAGGGCUCUGGGGACGAGCUUGAGUCUACCUUGGCGUGGCACACUCCACAAACACAUAUGGAUGGAGAUUGA